AUGGAUCACGCGCGCUCGAUCCUGUCGGCGGCGGACUGGUGGGCUUCUAAAGUCUUCCAAGCCGAUCGCGCCCCACUCCGAACCGGGACAAUGAACCCCCGAUCCAUCCGAUCGCUCUUCACAUUCCUCCUCAUCUCCGUCAUCCUCCUCGUCGGCCUGCCCACGGGCGCCGACGCGGCGGGGAAGAAGAAGAAGAAGAAGGAUCCGCUCGAGCUCCGCGCGGUCAAGUCCGACGUGAAGUACAUCCGAUGCCAGGUGUGCCAGGAGGUCGCCAAGGUGCUGAGCCGCGAGGCGUCGACGCUGCGCGACACGAAGGGCGCGAAGCUCAAGGAGAGCGACGUACUCGAGAAGGUGGAGAAGGUCUGCGAUCCGGAAGCCGUGGAGGGCGAGUGGCUCAUCACGCACGAUCUCCAGGAGAAGGGAUCCGAGCUGAAGAUGGUGCUCAUGAAGGACCAGUACGGCGCGUGCGGCAGCGAGUGCAAGACCAUGCAGCGCGCGUGCGAGAAGAUCGUCGCCGACCGCGACACCGACGUCGCCGAGAUCCUCUUCACCGGGUCGCCACAGCGCGCGGCGCUGGUGCAGCACAUGUGCCAUAACGACGACGAGGACGGCUUCGGCGCGUGCGUCAAGAAAGCCCCGCCGCUGCCCAAGUCCCGUCCCAAGGGCCCUGCGUUCGAUCCCGUCGACAAGAAGGACCUCGACAUGCAGCGCAUGAUGAAGAACAUGAAGGACAUGGGCAUGGGCGGCAUGAGCAUGUACAACCGGGACGACAUGGAGGACAUGAUGGACGACGAGGACAUGGAGGACCCCUCGCUGACCGACAACCCUUACAAAAACUACGACCAGUCCAUCUACGAUCCGCCCGAGCCCCCCGCGCCGGGCGUGGCGGAAAAGGUCGCCGACGCCGUCAGAGGCGCGGGUUCGGCGAUCAGGGGCGGGAUCGAAGCGGCGAUGAGCUGGGGCAAGGGGCUGUUCGCGCCGUCGAAGGAGUCCGCGGCCAAGGCGGAGACGGAGUCCCUCGGGGAGCUGUGA